GGCCGGGGCGGAAGCCUGGAUACGCCGGGGCUGGGUGUUGUGUCCCCAUCCCGCGCCUGCCCCGGCUCCGGCCAGGCUGCCAGUCAAGGGGAGGAGGCCAAAACCCCUUGAGCGCGACUGCCAUGCUGAAGCUGCCCUGCCUGGGGCUAGGGGACCUCGGCCUCUUGCGACCCCUACAGCAGAGUAGCUACAGCCUUGCUGGUGGAGCCAAUCACCUGCUAACGGAGGGGACUCCUCCUCUAAAGGGAGCUAGGACUUGCCGAACAUCCGUGCACAGCGGUCUGCCUGCAGCCAGGGACAGGUGGCCACAAUGACCGCUGCUGCGGUCUUCCCCAGGAGCAUUUGGCCCGCAAGGCGCAGGACGUCCUUGGAUGGGGGGAAAGCUGUGUCACGGCUGUGGGAACCUAACACAGCGUCCUUUGGAGCAGUAAAGCGAAUAUAGUGUUAGCAUGAUGUUGCGUUUUCAUCCUCUACCACAGAAAUUGCAGAAGGUUUUCAAUUCAAAAACAGCCGAACUACUUAGUCAUCAUCAAGUGGAAAUAAAACAAGAGUUUCCAAGAGAAGGAUGGGUGGAACAAGACCCUAAAGAAAUUCUACAGUCUGUCUAUGAGUGUAUAGAGAAAACCUGUGAGAAACUUGGACAGCUCAAUAUUGAUAUUUCCAACAUAAAAGCUAUUGGUGUCAGUAACCAGAGGGAAACCACUGUAGUCUGGGACAGGUUAACUGGAGAGCCUCUCUACAAUGCUGUGGCUGCUCCAGUUUCUCCUGGCCCUUCAGAUCCAGUUGCUGUUGUGCCCUCUGGCUCUUCAGUUCCAGCUGCUGGCACUUCCUCAGUGUGGCUUGAUCUAAGAACCCAGUCUACCGUUGAGAAUCUUAGUAAAAGAAUUCCAGGAAAUAAUAACUUUGUCAAGUCCAAGACAGGCCUUCCACUUAGCACUUACUUCAGUGCAGUGAAACUUCGUUGGCUCCUUGACAAUGUGAAACAAGUUCAAAAGGCUGUUGAAGAAGAUAGAGCUCUUUUUGGAACCAUUGAUUCAUGGCUUAUUUGGAGUUUGACAGGAGGAGCCAAUGGAGGUGUCCAUUGUACAGAUGUAACAAAUGCCAGUAGGACAAUGCUUUUCAACAUUCAUUCUUUGGAAUGGGAUAAAGAGCUCUGCGAAUUUUUUGAAAUUCCAAUGAAAAUUCUUCCAAAUGUCCGGAGUUCUUCUGAGAUCUAUGGCCUAAUGAAAAUCUCUCAUACCCUGAAAGCUGGGGCCUUGGAAGGUGUACCAAUAUCUGGGUGUUUGGGGGACCAGUCUGCUGCAUUGGUGGGACAAAUGUGCUUCCAGAAUGGACAAGCCAAAAACACGUAUGGAACAGGCUGUUUCUUACUAUGUAAUACAGGCCGUAAGUGUGUAUUUUCUGAACAUGGCCUUCUGACCACAGUGGCUUACAAACUUGGCAGGGACAAACCAGUAUAUUAUGCGUUGGAAGGUUCUGUAGCUAUAGCUGGUGCUGUUAUUCGCUGGCUAAGAGACAAUCUUGGAAUUAUAAAGACCUCAGAGGAAAUUGAGAAACUUGCUAAAGAAGUAGGUACUUCUUAUGGCUGCUAUUUUGUCCCAGCGUUUUCGGGGUUAUAUGCACCUUAUUGGGAGCCCAGUGCAAGAGGGAUCAUCUGUGGGCUCACUCAGUUCACCAAUAAGUGCCAUAUUGCUUUUGCUGCAUUAGAAGCUGUUUGUUUCCAAACCCGAGAGAUUUUGGAUGCCAUGAACCGCGACUGUGGAAUUCCGCUCAGUCAUUUACAGGUAGACGGAGGAAUGACCAACAAUAAAAUUCUUAUGCAGCUGCAAGCAGACAUUCUGUAUAUCCCAGUAGUGAAGCCCUCAAUGCCGGAAACAACUGCCCUGGGAGCUGCCAUGGCGGCAGGGGCUGCAGAAGGAGUUGGCGUUUGGAGUCUUGAACCCGAGGACUUGUCAGCUGUCACGAUGGAGCGGUUUGAACCCCAGAUCAACGCUGAGGAAAGUGAAAUUCGUUAUUCUACGUGGAAGAAAGCUGUGAUGAAGUCAAUGGGCUGGGUUACAACCCAGUCUUCAGAAAGUGGUGACCCUAGUAUCUUCUGUAGUCUACCCUUGGGCUUUUUUAUAGUGAGUAGCAUGGUAAUGUUAAUCGGAGCAAAGUACAUCUCAGGUAUUCCAUAAAUAAUUCGACUCAUGGAUUCCAAAGAUGCAAGCUCUUUACUUAAUGAGAGAACCCAGCAAUUGUCUCCUAAUGUGAUGACACUACUCAUAGACUCUGAUUUUAUUUAUAAGCCACUUGCUGCAUGACCCUCCAGUAGACCUGUGGCUUGAAAUAAAGAAAAUGCAGCAGAAAGAAUGCUGUAGAACAUUUGGUGUGUUUUUUAACAUCAACAGUUAAGAACAGACCAGCCACCUUUGGGGUUGACCCCUCCUGUGCCAUCACUUCCUGCCCCAUUCCCUCUAAGAUGUAGGAAGAAUUCAGAUCCUGUCCGUUGGAAUCUUUCAUCAAACAUAUUCAGAUGCUGAUGGGCCAGGAUUUGAUUCUCUGUACUACACACACUUGAUUAAGAGGCUAAAAUGAGCGAAUUUUUGUUUUUCUUUUUCACGGACCCCCAAAAGUCUUUUUUCUGCCUAUUAGCGAGACCACGCAUCACUGAAUGUUUAAAGGGAAACCUGUUAAAUUCUUAAUAUGGAAAUUUAGUGCUGUCAUACCUUAGAUUUUUUUUCUGAAAAGGAUUCGCUAAUACUGAAAUUCUUCAGUAUUUUACAUGGUCUCACUAAUUACACUGUGAAUUGCUAUCUGGAUCUUACAAGGAAGUACACUGUUUCCUUUUACUUUUCAUCUUUCCUUUUUAUGUUUUUUACUUUGUAUGUAUAACACAGAUGCCUGAUACAUUUUAUAUACUGAGGGUAGCCCCUUUAUAAAUGAAGAGUACAUUUUACAUGGUCUCACUACACUGAAUUUCUGUCUGGAUCUUAUAGGGAAGGACACUUAAUUUUUUUUUCUUUUCAUCUCCUUUUUAUAUUUCUUACCUUGUAUGUAUAGCAUACAUGCCUAUAUAUUUUAUAUACUGAGGGUAGCCCCUUUAUAAAUUAAGAGCACAGUAUAUUCAGUAGGUUAUAAUGGGGCUGGUCUUAACUGGACCACAUGUGUAUAAAUACUUUGAGGAAAACACUGUGUACAUUUUUGGGCAGUGGUUAUGCAUAUUAUUAAAAGGAAAAACUUUUUCUUAAAGAGCCAACAUUUAAAAUUUAAAUAUAUGUCCUAUGUCAAAAAAAGGAAAUGUACUUUAUUGUGACUUCAACUAUAUUUCUUAUACCUUAUCUUUUUGUUCAUUUCAGCUGGAUAUAUGCUAAAAGAAAAGAAAAAAUACUGUGGAACACUACUGUAAAUGUUGUUUUCAAACAUAGUACUAAUCUAUAUAAACAUAUUUUCCUUUGACACAAUUUUAGACAUAUUUGGAAUCCUUUUGAGGGGAUGUUAAAAAAAGGUUAAAAAGGAAAAAACGUUAAGAAUAAAGCUGAGAGUCUCUUUCCAUCCAAAUAGUUAUCAGUUGCUGAUAAGCAAUUAUAAUUUCUGUUGGGGAUGACAAUUACCUCUGCUUACUGUCAUAUUUCCACUGAAAAAGGGCUUACUCUUAGAAAUGGCUUCAAGAAUUUCUCAAAAUAUUUAGUAUUAUGAGUUUACAAACUUACAUAAUCUAGCUUCUUAAUGUCAAUUUAAAAAUACCUUAAAGUUAAUUUGUUUACUACAAAUAAGAAAAUACUGCCUCCUAAUUAUUUUUUCAGUCAGUGCUGAGAAUGGGGAAAUAUUUAUAUAUUAACAUGUAAGGUUUGUUUGUAAUUAAUGGUGGCUUGCAUUUGCAGUUCUGAUAAGACUGUUUCUAAAUUAUUGAAUCUAUUGGGUUUUAUUGAUGGAGCUGCCACUUGAGUGAAUAAAUAUUAAAGAAAGAUAUUGAGAAAAGUUUUGAACAUAACGAUGUCUACAAAGGGAGGUUGGGUUCAUUGUAAAUAUUGUGAAAAAUCACUGUUCAAAUACUUUUAAAGGUAGUUAAUUUUUCUAUAAAUUGCAGUAUUUAUAAAUGUUUGAAACUGUACACAUUGAUAUAUAAUGGUAAGUUUACUUAAAAUAAAUUGACCCCUCAUUCUUA